CACGUUUUCCCAUUCCUCCAUGGCGGAGGCGACAUUCAAGGACAUUCCUGAAUUAUUCGAGGUUGAACUAGGGGAAUCGCUGACAGCAAGAACGGAGAGCCUCGCCACGUUCCGCGAACUAGGUCCUCCAGAUCUCUGCCAUGUUGUCAAGAGCAACGGAAAGAGCGCCCAUCGAGACCUUGGAUCGUAUCACUACAUUUCCGGCGUCGACGCCUCUUCAUCCGCCUCGCUGGCAGCGUACAUCAAUUCGUUAACGUAUGCAAUUGAAGAUACUUCCGCCUGGUUUGCAAAAACUGCCGCCUGGAAGGUCAGAAAUGGAUGUUACUGCUGCUUCAAUGCCUUCUCCCGCGUAGAUAUUCGUGUUGAUGUCAAGAUUCCCGGUGGCGUCAAGGCGUAUGUGAUUGACUUGAGAGGGGAGCGACAUGAAGCGACCUCGGAAAUCUGGCAGGAAACCUAUGUGUCGGCCCUGUUACGGUCCAUAUUGUAUUCGGACGAUCCCACGUAUUGGUUGGACGCCUAUCGCAAGCUUGACCCGAUAACUUCAUUGGAGGCCGAAAUUAGGUUCCUUCAGGCGGCGGAAAGUCUGUUCACGAAAGGCUGGCAAGUUGGAUCCGACCCAGAGAUACAGGUAGCGACUAUCGUCUCAAAUCACUUGACGGCGGGGAUCAUGAAGUAUUUUGGAGACAGUGGACGCUUUCAGCAAGCUGCUAAUCUGUUCGAGAAGAUUGCUGCACGAGAACCCGAGGUUGCAUCACUGCUGGCACGGAGCUAUAUUGGCAUGAACGAGGAAGUCAAGGCGGUCCAGAUUAUUGCAGCAGCGAUGAAAGAAACACCCCAAUCCUACACACUCCUUCACGUUCAGUGCGAUUUCUUGCGCUCGAAAGGCAAAUUUGAUUGGGCACUAAAGCUUGCUCGCCAAGCCGUGAAUUGUGCUCCAAGCGAGUUCGUGACAUGGGAAAAGCUAACAGAGCUCUACCUUGACCUUGGCCAAUUCGAGUCUGCCCUUCUGACCCUCAACUCUUGUCCAAUGUUCACAUUCAACGGACGGGACGCCCACCGGAGUCUGACUCCGUCUCGGAUUCAUCUACCCUUCCAGCGACAAAUUGGUGAGAUCCUCCCGGAACGAGUCAAAACUGAGGACGACGAUGCUGAUCCUGCACUACAACGCCUACCUUCCCCUGGGCUUCGUGGAACCUGGGCUCGGGCAUACUCACUCCUCACACGACUGGUUUCGCAGAUUGGUUGGGAUGAGCUGCUCAAGACGAGGAGCAGUGUGUUCGUUAUGGAAGAGGAAUAUCGGAUGCAGAAGGCGCAAGGAGACAUCCUCCACUCUACAAACGGCAACUCGAGUACAGCAAUCCACGAAGAUGGCAGUGUCCAAACACCAACAAGCCUUGAUAAUGCGUCAACGCGUGGGAUGGUAUCGCUCGAUAGCCCCAGUCAGGACUCUAUGAAGAAGAAUGGAUCUCUGGAAGCAACCAUUCCGACGAUCCGGAUCUCAACAGAGUCCGACCGGGAUAUCAGAGAAGCGGAAAGAAAAGAGGCCGAAGAUGGGGACAAGGAGAUUUCGCCAGUGGCUGUCAAUGGGAAUGGGACCCCACAUCAUGUGUUGAAGGAAGCGCAUGACCUGGAGAGGCCCGUCCAAGCGGCCGCAGGUGAAGGUGACAAGAAGGAGGACGAUACAGCGUCUCCCGGCUUGCCUCCGGAGCCAUUCUCUUUUAGCAACAAGCGGUUGUGCGAACGGUGGUUGGAUAAUCUAUUCAUGGUACUAUACGAGGAUCUACGCGUGUGGACGAUAUUUAGGGCAGAAGUUGCUCAUUUCAAGACGCAGCACGUCGCCUACCGGAAGACAGGGUACGAAUGGGAAAUUCUGGGUGACCUUGGGAUGCGAUUACACCACAAGGAGGAGGCCAAGGAGGCGUACCAGCGGUGUUUGGAUGCUCCACGGUAUUCGCAGAAGCCGUGGGCAAAAUUGAUGGAGAUGUAUGCGGAGGAGGGCGACAUACAGCGGUCAAUACAGACAGCUAUACGUGUGGCUGCAUAUCAAUAUGCAGAUUAUACGGAGAUGACGUACCCCACGCAGAUCGCUCGAAGCUUCUUCAAGCUAGGCCAAAUCCACGGUCACGCCAAGAUCUCAAAUACCCUUAUAAGCAUGGGGUUGCCUGAGUCUAUUUACAAAAUUAUGGACAGUUAUCUGCAGUAUGGUAAAACCUUCAAGGUGGAAGGGUAUGAUUUCUGAUUCCUUUUUUUAUAUUUCCUUUGCAUGUCUUUAUUCUCACAUGUAAUCUUGUUAUUUGAGCCUCAUGGAUAUAUAUUUCUCGCUGUUGGUCGACGC